UUACCUUUGUAGUUUUGUAUAAAAUAGCAAAACGCAAAAAUAGAAAAUGUUUGUCAAGUGGAUACCAACUAUUGAUAACUAAAAAUUACAAAUAGUAAAAAACAAAAAGAAAUACCUUGGAGUCAUAACAACAUCACUUCAAGGUUUAUCAGUUUUUGAAUAAACCAAAAAGACAACCCGGAAAUCUUUUCACAUAUAAUUUGCUAAUUAAUAAAUAUGGCUGAUGUUAAUGCUAAUGCUGGAAACGUGGUAGAUGCGGCGGUAGGACCUGUACCUGCAGCUGCUGGAGCCGCUGGUGGUGCCAAUGCUGAUGUAGGUGCCAUAAUACCACCAGUGGAUGUUGGAGCAAACGCUGCAGGCAAUGGGUUUAACAAUCGUGUUGGUGGUCAAAAUAAUUUAUUGAAUAUGCGAGAUCGUUUGUUCCAUGCCAUUUAUUUUAAAGUUGCACUUAUGUAUGCAGAAAUAUUUCCAAAGCCAUUACAGCGUGCUUUGGAGUAUUUUAUUUUAAUCAAAGCUAUAUUGUUUUUUUCUGCUCUGGUUUAUAUACAUACUGCAUUUAUUAAAAAUCCUGCGACUUGCUUACAGCAUGUGAAAGAUUGGCCAAGGGAUGGAGUUUUAAGGGUGGAGGUUAUACCUAAUCUGGAUAUACAACGUGCUAUAUAUGAACAGACUAAAGCUGACGAACAGCUAGUACGAGACUUACAAAACAAUUAUCAUUACGGCAUUGGUCCACAAACAAAAGUGAAUGAUGAUCGCCUCAAAUUAUAUCAAAAGAAAUUAACACGAGCUGGCUAUAAUUUGCGACCAACGAUUACUUAUGCGAAUGAUUCACUUAUAUACUAUUUCAAAACUGAAGCUAUAAAGACAAAGAAAAAUGCUGUGCCGGAGAAAACAGAAAAAGUUAUUGAGGCAAAUGAUGAUGAUGAACAAUACAUUGUUGAGUAUUCUUUGGAAUACGGACAUUUGCGGCUGUCACCCGCGACACGGAAGCGUUUAAAUAUACCUGUACGUAUUGUACAAUUAGAUCCAAUGAAUAACAAAUGUUUUGGCGAUAAAAUAAGUAAAUUUUUACUUAAGGAACUACUAGGAUAUGACGAUUUGCUAAUGGCAUCAGUCCGUGUUAUUGCAGAAAAGGAAGAUAAUAAAGGGUACCUACGUAAUGUUAUUACUGGAGAACACUAUAGAUUUGUGUCAAUGUGGUGGGCCGCUUGGAGUUCCUAUCCAACAGCUUUGGUUGUGAUGGUGCUUUUCACUUUUUCAAUAUCAAUGCUGUUACGUUUUUCUCAUCAUCAAAUAUUUGUGUUUAUUGUUGAUUUAUUACAAAUGCUGGAAUUUAAUGUAACCGCACGUUUUCCAAUUGCUCCCCUCUUAACUGUAAUUUUAGCUUUAGUUGGUAUGGAAGCUAUUAUGUCUGAAUUCUUCAACGAUACAACCACAGCGUUUUAUAUUAUACUGAUUGUAUGGAUAGCUGAUCAGUAUGACGCUAUUUGUUGUCAUACAAGCAUAACAAAACGUCAUUGGUUAAGGUUCUUUUAUUUGUAUCAUUUCGCCUUCUAUGCGUACCAUUAUCGCUUCAGUGGACAAAAUCGUAGUUUAGCGCUGGUCUCAUCUUGGCUAUUUAUUCAGCAUUCAAUGUUCUACUUCUUCCACCACUACGAACUGCCCGUCAUACUGCAACAGGCGCAAGUGCUUAUCGUUACGAGGAACAAUCAAAACAACAUUGGAGGAAAUUUAUUGCAAGGCGAUCAAGGACAGGAAAGAACUAUCAUUUUAAAUCGUUUGCUUCGGCGGCAAUUUGCUCUACUGCAGCAACGCGACCAACCAGAACGUGGAAUUUCCUUUGUUCGCAGAUUACAGGCGACAUUGCGACGUAUGUUUAUUGUGUUCGGCUGGAUGGCACCACAGCGUAUCAAUUGGGGUAUACUACGUAUUGAUCCAGCUAAUUUGGGCAAUGUUGCUACCGUGAGAGUAGUUGUAGCAAAUAGCGUGGGAAAUAUCAUAGGAACAGCCAAUUUGCAAAAUCCUGCUAAUAUUGGAAAUGUUGGCGGUGGCAGUGGUGGCAGUGGUGGCAACAACGUCAAUGCAGCUAGAUCAUCUGCACCCGCCACAUCCACCAGUACUAAUAACUCUUCAACAACAACAGCCACAACAAGAGCAAAUACUGAAACAAUGUUAACCACAAAUUCCGCAACAAUUGUAAAUGCAGAUUUUGUUAGCGUAACAGCAGCAGCAACAUCACUACCAACAACUACAACAACAGCAUCACCCAAGCAAACUGCAACCAAUUUCACCGCUACCACAUCAUCAGAUGUCGAAACAAAUCACGGGGAUGAACGUCAAAACACAGCAUCCGCAAAUAAUUCAGCAAAAAUAUCGGAAAAUGUACAAAACAAUCAAAUGGGAAAUGUUAUACCAGAGGAGCAGAAGGAGCAACAAUUACAACAACAAAAGUCGCUGUCGCAACAAGUUCAAAUUCAUGGCACGCUAUACUUAACAAACGAAGAUAAAUCAGGUGGUGCUAAUAGUAAAGGAGAGGAAGGUGAUCCAAACUCAACUACAACAGCAGUCAAGCCAGCAUCAGCUGAAACUGUCAAAACUCCUAAUAAAAAUGAUGAAUACAACCAAAAUAUUUGGCAAUUAGAAACUAAAUCGUAUACAAAAGACCAGCCACGGCAAGAGCAAAAGCAAGAGCAGAAGCAACAACAACAGCAAGCUGGCGAACACUGUCAAAUGCAGGUGGCAUCAGGUGUGAAAAAGGAGUGCUUAGAAGGCUUUCCGAAGUCUGAUGCUGAUACGCUUAAAGCAGCAUGUCAAAUACUUAAAAAUGACCACGAGAAAAUCGAGAGAACUCAGGCAACACAAAAACUUAACCAACCCACAUUAAUAAGCUUAGCAGAUACACCAGCGGCAACAAGGCAGCAAUUAGCAAAUAUCCAAACAUCAACAACAAUUGCAGCUGAAACGGAGGCAUCUAGAAAACUAUCAGCAGGAACAGGGCAAAAUGAAAACUUUGUCAUGAUUGAUGAUGGCAAUACAAAUGAUUACAAAGCUAAAGACAGUACCAACUCAGCAACAACACCAUCAAUAGCCGUCACACCAACAACAUCAGCAACAACAACCACAACUACAGAAGCAGCAACAGAAACAGCAGCAGCAGGAGCAGCAACAUCAAAUUCAACCACGAAUAGCAGUCAAAAUAAUGACAACAACAAAUUACUAACUAAUUUCCACAGUUCAACAUAAAAUGUUCACCAAUGAAAAAUAAAAAAUAUUAAAUAAAACAAUAACACAGUCUUAUUGUAUUCCAAUGAUAUCUUAAAAAAUUUUAUACUUAUACGUGUGUGAAUACUAAAAUAUUAUAUACAAAAAUACAUAUACCCUAUACCCAAUUAUUGAGAAGGGGCAAAUUUGUAAA